AUGAGUGAGUUAUCCCAUGCACAGAAUCCCCAAACUUCUUUCUUUACUUGCAUUUCAUGUAGUAUCAAAUUCCCCACGGCUGACCUGCAAAGGCUACAUAUGAAGACAGAUUGGCAUCGGUAUAACCUGAAGAGAAGAGUCGCCUUAUUGCCUCCCAUUCCUUCAGAUGUUUUUGCUGAAAAGUUCAUUAUAAACCGCAAUGAAGAAUCUGAGCGGCAAAAUGAAGAUGAGGACGGGUUUGCAAUUCAUAGAAGAUUCAAGAACCCUAAUAGUCAACCUCAAAUGACGAAAAAGGAAAUGAAGAAAAGAGCUGCCUUGGAGAGACUGAGGGGCAGGAAUGAUAGAACGCCUGUCUCCCUUUCUGUGAGGGAAGCUAGCCCAAUUGGAACAGUCGUCUCUCAAGUUUCAGAUUUCACGCUUGGAGAGUCCAUCCACAUCGCUGAUUCAGAAUCGGCCCUACUGUCAGAGCAAGAUUAUAACUCAUACUAUACAAGCGACGAGGAAGGCUAUAGUGACAGUUCGCCUGCCGAAAGAGAUUUUGAAGAGGAGCUACUGUCUGAUAAAGAGAUUUUGGAAGAAAUGAUACCUCAUUCUGCCUGUCUUUAUUGUGGUAUUGAUAAUGUCAACGUUGAAAAGAAUUUGGUCCAUAUGUUUAAAAGCCAUGGACUGUACAUACCUGAGCGAUCAUAUUUAAGUGAUUUGGAGGGAUUGUUAGAUUACCUGAGCUUCAAGAUAUCGGUGGAGAAUAAGUGUUUGCAUUGCGACUUUACCGGAAGAAACUUGCAAGGUAUCAGACAACAUGUGAAGGUGAAAGGUCAUUGUUCACUACCAUAUGAAUCAAAGGAGGAUAGAAGAUUCUUUGGUAAAUUCUAUACUUUCGAACAAGAUUCUGUUGAGAAAAAAGGUGCAACAAGAUCCGUCUCUUUUGCUGAACCUGAGAGAUCGGAAGAUAAUUCCGAUAGAGAGCUUGACCAGGAUAUCCAAGAUGAACAAUAUACUGUAGCUACCAUAGAAUCAUCUGGUUAUGAACUGGUGUUGCCUACAGGAAUCAGACUUGGCCAUAGAUCCUUACAGCGGUACUACAGACAAAAUCUUGGACAUUUGAGCUAUUUGAAUGAUGACGUAAGAACAGUUGCCGUUGCUGAUCCCAGAACGAUGGGUAACCUUACCCAAAAACAAAUUCAAAACCUUGAAAAGACAGCAUACCUCAAAGAGCAAUACUUUAACAGUAAAGCACUAGCCAAGAAAACCAAGUCCAUCAGUAAUCAUAAAAAGUAUUAUGAGCCCGAAAAAUUAAGGUAG